AUGCCUCCUCCAAUUAUUAGUGACGACGAGGGUUCGGUUUCCGAUGCUAGCGAACAAGAAUACAAGAGAGACGUGAAGGGAAAGGCCAAGAGCGAUGAGUCAGAGCCUGAAGAAGAAUUGAAGGUCGAAUCGGAUGCAGAACCUGAUGAGGGACAAGAAGAGGAUGAAUUUGUGGUUGAAAAGAUCUUGAAGCAUGCUAUUGAUGAGGGAGGCGUUCUCAGAUUCCAGGUUAAGUGGGAGGGUUGGAAUAAGAAGUCAGAUUUGACUUGGGAACCAGAGGAGAAUCUGGAAACUGCGCAAGACAUUCUUAACGCAUAUCUCGAAAGUGUUGGUGGUAAGGAAUCCCUCAUGGAUCAAUUCAAUGAGAAGAAAGCAGAGGCAGCGGAAUUAGCGGAAAAGAAACAAGGAAAGAAGCGUGGACGACCCAGCACCGGUGCUGGUACUCCUCAAGCCAAUGGAAAGAAAUUAAGGAAGAAUGGCCACCCCUGCUCAUCUACACCACCCGCAUCUCUCGAGCCCACUCAAUUUAAACCACCCAGUGGAACAUGGGAAGAUGAUGUUGUUACUAUCGAAGCCAUGGAGGGACCAAAUGCGGAAGUUAUCGUCUACUUGACAUGGAAGGGUGGAGCCAAGUCGCAACACCCAUUACAUCAAGUGUAUAAGCGUUGCCCUCAGAAGAUGCUCAGUUUCUAUGAAAGACACUUAGUUUUUAAAAAGACUGAAGAUGAUUCAUAG